CAUUACUCAAACAUAGUUACAAUAAAGCCAGUCUUUUAAAAAUGGCGUCAUCCAUGAUGGCUGCCGCCACUGUUCGAGCUGUCAAAGGAAGAAAAAUUCUUUCUACGCGAGCAGCACUUACAUUAACACCUAAUGCUGUUAAAAAGAUUAAAGAAAUUUUGGAUAAUAAAUCAGAAUAUAUUGGUCUAAAAGUCGGUGUAAAACAACGAGGCUGCAAUGGAUUAAGUUAUACAUUAGAUUAUGCGAAAGAAAAAAGUCAGCUAGAUGAAGAAGUUGUACAAGAUGGAGUUCGUAUAAUAAUAGAUAAGAAGGCUCAAUUAUCGCUUCUCGGAACAGAAAUGGAUUAUAUUGAGAACAAAUUAAGUUCUGAGUUUGUGUUUAACAAUCCAAAUAUCAAAGGGACAUGUGGGUGUGGAGAAAGUUUUUCUGUUUAGUCGUUAUUAGUGUUUUUCGAUAGUCACAUUUUAAAUUGUGUAUUUUAUUGCAAUAUGAAACACAUGAAGUGAUUAAAUUAGAUUCAAUUAUAUUUAUAUUUUUGGAAAUCAAAAUUAUUAGAGCAGACACAUAUUGUUCUUUAAAAUUAUAAAAGCGUGAGUUUAUUUUAUUGCUAUAUUUGACUCACUUAAUAUAUCUAACUGAAAGAAAUUUUCAAUUCGAAUUGUGAGGUGAUCUGCAUUAGUUUGUGUUCAAAUAAACCUAAUAUCAUUUAUUUUUAAGGUUUUUCUUUAAUUCAAAAUGUAAUGUCACAUUAUAUAUAAGAUAUAUAAAAGACUUCUAUUUAUGGUAGUACAAAAAAUUUUAGGUUAUAUAUCCUUAUGUAUAUAUGUAAAACUUUACUCAUUUAAGAGGCAUAAAUAAAUAUAAAAUAAUGUAAAUAAAGAUGAAAACACCUGUCGAGAAAUAAUAAAAUACUUAAAUAUAUAUAAUAAUGAGUUAUAUAAAAUCUUGAAGUAUUUUAAAUACAUCAUACAUUAUAUAUACUCUAUUCUUGUUGUUAAAGUUGUACUUAUUCUUAAAUUAUAUUUUUAAAUAUA